AUGGGCCGACCACCGCAUCGUCAUCUUCAAGCGGAGUAUUCGCCUACAGCCAAACAGGAGACCUCAAGGUAAGCGACCACCAGGUAAGUCGAAUAUUGUUUUGUUGAAUGUGACUGCUCAUCACUGUCAUUUCAGCGACGAGCUGGCCCAGCGACCAGCCAAAAUUUCAGUCGCCAACGAGGUCGCCAACGGGGAGAAUCGAUGGCGCCAACUGAGGAACACAGUCCAGUCAGCCGAUCUGGCUUUCCUCGGCCGUGCACGUCGUCAAAACCAGGACUGGUUCGACGACAACGACGUCGUCACCAGCAACCUGUUCACCGAGAAGAACCGGGUGUACGAAGACUAUGUUAACCGCCCUACCGACCCAAGCAAAGCAGCUUUCUACCGAAGUUGCCGUCUAGUGCAACAGUGGCUGCAGAAAAUACCGGACGCCUGGAUAGCUCGCAUGGUCGAGGAGAUCCAAAAGUACGCGGACCGAAACGAGCGGAAAACGUCUGCGCUGCCGUCAAGGCUGUUAACGAUGAUACAGUCAAAGGAACCUCUCCUCUUCUCAUCGCCGACGAAACCAAUCUUCUCACAGAAAUCAAAGUCUGCAAACAACUGUCAUGCCACGCCUCAGCAAACCAUGUCCCUCACAGCCUGGCGCGAGCUGGCACGCUCUGGCACCUGGUUGCCUUUUGACGGGUGUGCUAGCACUCUCGCUGGGCAUGCAGGCCGCUGA